UUACCAAAUUUAUUGUUUUUUUAUUCUUUGGGUGUUUUUUACUUGUAGUCUAUUAUGUCGGAGAUCAUUUAUGCCUUAUGUUCAUAUUGUUGGCGAUGUUACAACUAAGACAAGCAUUGUGGGAAUAACUAGCAUCAUAUGGCUGCUUCCCCUGGUGUUGUGUCCAUAGGCGAAGGUUGGAGGGCAAAUAAACCUUUUCUAAAACGUUAAAUCACUAGUCAUGAGUGAGAGACCACAGCCCUUAAGGGCUAUAAACAAGUUUUUUGAUGGAAAGGAGCCAUGGCAAAUUGUAUCAAUGACAGCUUCUUCUUUAUUAGCCAUAGUUUGGGUUCACAGUUUAUACAAUGCAAGAGAAAGUGUGACAGUCCGCCUUCGAAAACAGUUUUUCAGGUGGCUACGUCAAGUUCCAAUGGUAAGGAAGAAGAUAGAACAAAAAAUGGCCGAGAUAAAGAAAGAUUUCCAUACAGAUGUAGAAAAGAGACUCGCAGGAGUCACAAUUAGAAGAGAAUUGCCUGAACAAGGUUUGGAUCCUGAACAGAUAUCGCAAGAAGUCAGAGAUCAUCUGAAUUUAGGGGCUUAUGAUUGGAAGAAUGGUGCAGUAUCUGGUGCAGUCUACCACUUGUGUGAAGACAUCAGUCGUGUGGCUUGCGAGGCUUAUACCUUGACUGCCUACACCAAUCCACUGCACUCAGAUGUCUUCCCAGGAAUUAACAAAAUGGAGGCGGAGAUUGUGCAGAUGGCUAUUAAUUUAUUCAAUGGUGAUGAGGAGUGUUGUGGCACAGUAACUACAGGUGGCACAGAAUCCAUAAUAAUGGCGUGCAAGGCCUUCAGGGACCUCGCCUACAGCAAGGGCAUAAGCAACCCACAGAUAAUCGUGCCAUCAACUGCCCAUUCUGCUUUCGACAAGGCGGCUCAGUACUUAGGCCUGUUUGUUGUGACCAUACCGGUGGACCCGGUGACGCUAUGUGUCGAUGUCGAUAAGGUCAGCGAUGCUAUUGGAAGACGAACGUGCUUGAUCGUGGGGUCGGCUCCGAACUACCCGUACGGCACGAUGGACGACAUCGGCGCGUUGUCUGCGCUGGCGGUGCGCGCGGGGGUGCCGCUGCACGUGGACGCGUGCCUGGGCGGGCUGGUGGCGGGCUUCAUGCCGGCCGCCGGACACCACGUGCCGCCCUUCGACUUCCGCCUGUCCGGAGUCGCCAGCAUCUCCGCCGACACGCACAAGUACGGGUACGCCCCGAAGGGCACGUCGGUGAUCCUGUACCGGCGCGCGGAGUACCGGCACUGCCAGUACACCGUCACCACGGAGUGGCCGGGCGGCGUGUACGGCUCGCCCACCGUCAACGGUAGCCGAGCCGGCGGGCUGAUCGCGGCGUGCUGGGCCACCAUGAUGUUCGUGGGCAGACAGAGAUACAUUCAGAUGACGAAGGAGGUGGUGGACACGGCGAGAUACAUCGAAAAUGAAUUACGCAAGAUAGACGGCAUCUUCAUAUUCGGCAAACCCGCCACCACCGUCAUCGCGUUCGGCUCCCAGCGCUUCGACAUCUUCCAGCUGGCCGACCUGCUGCACAAGCGCGGCUGGGCCCUCAACGCGCUGCAGUUCCCGUCCGGGGUGCACCUGUGCGUGACGCACGCGCACACGUGCGACGGCGUGGCAGCACGCUUCGUGGCGGACGUGGCGGCCGCCGCGCGCACCUGCCUCACCGACGCCGCGGCGCCAGUGCACGGCAAGAUGGCAAUAUACGGCGUGGCGCAGGAGAUAUCGGACCGCAGCCUCGUGUCCGACAUCACGAAGCACUUCAUAGACUCCAUGUACUACCUGCCCAAGGGCGACCCGCAGUAGCGCGCCGGGACACGUCGAUUGUAUUCCAUUCCAAACGGCUUAGAAAAUUGUAGAUACGUUUGAGGUGGAGGAGUGGGUCACUAAUCAAGUAAUUAAAUAAACAGAGAGUGAACGAAAAGCCAUAAAAGUUAGUCGUUUUUAUAGUAAUUUUUAUUCUAACGCUUAUAUUUAAGAUCGUCGUGUUGUCAUGUCACUGACAGCCACUGACGAGUCGGGGUCCGCCACAGUGACGAGACCCCCCACACAGCGCAGGCGCCGCACUACGUACCGAGUACUUGUGCUCUGUGUGACUACAGGGAAACCAGACAAUGAGAAUACCUUGAGCCAUGUUUGGUUCACGACUAGACACACCCGCCCUUGUUCACAUCUUCCCUCCGAGUGACCUGCGUCUAACUAUUUUUUAUUGAUACGUAAUAGAGUACAUAAUUUUAUCUAAUUAUGGUCUGAGGGAAUUCUCGCUUUGACCGGGGACUCCCCUGUUUUAUUUUAAAUCAAAUUCUUAAUCAAUUCGUUGUUUUAUUUAAAAUUAAAUUAUAAAUCGAUUUUUUUUUGUACAUGCAUUAUGUCAUGAACCAUAUUGGUUAAUUGGCUAAGUCAUCACGAGAGACCGAAGGUGCCAUAUUGUACAAAGUACAUUUGAACAGCUGUUAACUGUCGUUAUCUUAUUUCAUAUGCAUUUAUUUCUAUUAACAAUGUCACUAACAUUAGAGGGUAGAGUGUAAAGGAAGAUUAUCUGAAUUAAAAGGUUUUUCUACAACUAAUUAAGAUGACGUCACUGUACCCUCUGCAUCCCUCAAAUCAAAACGCAUUACUGCUUCGUGGACGAAAUAGGUAGGGUGGUGGUAACUAUCCGUGCGGACUCACAAGGCGUCCUAAGUGAAGAGGACAGUUAAU